AUGUCUGUUACUGUCACCAUGAACAUCGACGACGAGGACCACAAGCCGCCAACGGAAAUGGUCAUGGGUGGCGCAAAUGGCGCAUCUCCACCAGCACCAGCACAGAAAGGCCCAUACAAACCCAACUACAAGCCACACUUGAUGUUAAGCGGUCAUUCGCGGUCAAUAUCUUCGGUCAAGUUCAGCCCAGAUGGGACCAUGUUGGCGUCGUGCGCUGCCGAUAAACUCGUCAAGCUAUGGGAUGCAGACUCGGGCGAUAUCAUCCAUACAUUCGAAGGCCAUACAGAGGGAAUUUCCGACGUCGCCUGGUCGAGUAAUGGCGAGUUCCUCGCAUCUGCCUCAGACGACAAGUCUGUGCGCCUGUGGAGUCUUGAGUCGUACGAUGUUAUGAAAGUUCUACUCGGGCACACCAACUUCGUGUUCUGUGUGAACUUCAGCCCUUCGUCGAACCUGCUGGCCUCGGGCGGUUUUGACGAGUCUGUCAGAGUAUGGGAUGUGGCGAGAGGAAAGACCUUGAAGACGCUCCCCGCACAUUCGGACCCAGUGACUGCGGUGGCGUUCAAUCACGACGGUACUCUGAUUGGGUCAUGCUCAAUGGACGGCUUAAUUCGGUUGUGGGACACCGAAUCCGGGCAGUGCUUGAAGACAUUGGCGGAUGACGAUAACCCAAUAUGCUCACACAUCAAAUUUACCCCGAACUCGCGGUUCAUCCUGGCAAGUACUCAGGACUCGACGAUUCGGCUCUGGAAUACGCAGACAAAUAAGUGUGUGAAGACGUAUAGCGGGCAUUCAAACCGGACGUAUUGCAUAUUCGCGGACUUUGCGCCGGGCCGAAAACACAUUGUGGGCGGGAGUGAAGACAUGAAGGUCUACAUCUGGGACCUGCAGACGCGAGAACUUAUUCAAACGCUGGAAGGUCAUCGAGAUGUCGUGGUAACAGUCGCCUCACAUCCUACUCGGCGACUCAUUGCGUCGGCCGCGAUGGAGAAGGACUUGACUAUUCGUCUGUGGACUGAUGACCAACCUGACGGACAUUGA